CUAACUACUGUUUUUCUGAUGGUUGCUGCUUUGGUUUUUCAAGGCUUAUGCUCUGUUAUGCAUUAUCGCUAAAAUGGUUUAUUUGGAGAUCGUAGCAAAUGCCCUACUGUUACUUACAUAUUCAGUAGCUUGUUUCACAAGUCCAUAUACUAGAGGUGAUAUUAUACACCAUGAACUGACACCAGAUUAUAUGCUUACAAGACUUAGGAAUCGUUCGGUAAAAAAUAGUUUGGAACAAAUUUUUAACAAAAUUAAUAUCAUUCGUAAUGUUGGCAGCCCUGGUCACCUUCAAGUUAGAGAAUUUAUUAGAAAUUAUCUAAGCAAGUGCGGUUGGGAAACUGAUUUGGAUACUUUUGAAGAAAAUACAGUGGAUGGUGUUAAAAUAUUUCACAACAUUAUUGGUUACAGAAACGACCCAAACUAUAAGAAAUAUUUGAUUUUGGCUUGUCAUUAUGAAUCAAAACUUCUUCCUAAUUUUGUUGGAUCAACAGAUUCAGCAAUGCCUUGUUCAAUGAUUUUGAAAAUUGUCGACCUACUAAAUUAUGGGAUUAAAGUAUUGAAGAAAUCUGAUAUUGGUUUGAAGCUGAUAUUUUUUGAUGGAGAAGAAGCAUUCAAGAUAUGGACACAUAGUGAUAGCUUGUAUGGAUCUCGACAUUUAGCUGAAAAAUGGAGUAGUACAACAUCCAAAUCAUCUAACGAAACAGAAUUGAGUAAAAUUGAUCUUUUUAUCUUAUUGGAUUUACUUGGUGCAAAACAACCUCACAUACCAAAGUAUCCAUAUGAGGAUAAAGGAAGUUUUAAUAUGCUCAUUGAAUUGGAAAAGAGAAUGAGAUCGUUUAAUCUGUUGAAAUCAUCAGGUGAAAAUAAUCAACCUUAUUUUGGUCAUGGUGUUCGAUACCACAUUGAAGAUGAUCAUAUACCAUUUGUAGAAAAAGGUGUCCCUGUACUACAUUUAAUUCCAUCACCAUUUCCAAAAGUUUGGCAUACAAUAGCUGACAAUGCUACAAUUAUAGACUGGGAUACAUCGGUUGAUUUAUUGUUUCUUAUAAAAUUAUUUGUCAGAAAUUAUCUACACAUUCUAUUAUGAUAUAUAUAUAUAAGGUGUGGAUUCUAUGUAUUUCAUUCAUAACUGUACCAAAUUUGGUGUAUAAUAGACUGAAUGAGUUUUUUUCAAUGGCUUGUAUGGUCAAAGAACAAAAUCUUAGUUAUACGUAUUCUAUUCAUUGUUUGAACUUAAAGAAAUUAGUCAACAUCACACUGAUCAGUUAUAUAAUCAAUAAGUAUUCAGUUUUAUAGACAUUUGUUUUUCUUUAUAACAAGAACCAACAUGAUACUUAUUUUAAAUACUGUGUAUGUAUAAUUUGAAUGAAUAAUCUUCGCAAAAGAAGUACUGGUACCGAUUUGUGUAUGUUUUAUUUCAUGAAUUAUCAUUCAAACUUGAUAUUAUAUGGAAUGAAUAUUAACAUACAAGGUUAGCGCUAUUUCAAAUACUUCUUAGUUUAUAGUUAAAGAUAUGUUACAGUGACCUAGUAGAUAACAUUACGAUUUCUUUAAAGGGAGAUUACUUGAGUUCCAGUGUAAGUCAGUACAUCAGUACUAAAAUACUGAAUUACAUUCAAAUGAGAAAUCAUAAAUAGGACAGAACAUGCGUCCCGGAUUUUACUUCUAACCGUUAUCAAGGAUUUUUGUAAGGGAGGUGACUUUGCAAAACCGAAAUGGGAUUCACUAAGAUGAACCUCAUGAAAAAGAAGAACAAAAACAAUUUAGGUUAGCUGGAAAAGUAAAUUUUAUUACCUUUUUCAGGAGGAAGUUGAUAGUAAUAGGCUGAAGUAGAAAUUAGUAUUUUAAAUCAGUGAAAUAGAGUAUGGGUCAGAGGCAGAAAGUUUUCUACUCCAGAUUUUUAUCAGAACUUCUGUGUGGUUGGAAUAAAAUAACUGGACAACCUAAACUGUAGUUAAGCUAAUCAGAACAAACUAUGUGAUCAUUUUUCUUUCAUUGUUAUUUGUAACUGCUUAAAUGCGUGUAUAGAAAGUGAUAUUUUUUAACAUAGCUGUGAAUUGUUCACAGCUAUAGGCUAGUCUUUGUCUUAUGAUAUUCUGUAGCCCCAUGAAAUAUAACACAAUGAGCAAGUUAUAUUUCUUGGUGAUUUGUGUUUUAACAAUGCCAAUUCGUUUCAAAUAUCGCACAAAAUUCACUCAGUUAUGCCGAAAUAUAUACUCCACUUGAACAUACUGACAUACUUCUGAGAAACUCCGAUACUAAUGGAGAAUAUAAAAAGAUAUAUUCAUAAUUCAGUUUCAAAGACCUACUUAAAACUUUAGUAGUAAGUCACAAUAUUAGAGAGAAGUUAUCCGCUUACUCAUAUUGAACUGUGUAAACUUGUUCUCCAGUUUAUUGAAUAUAAAUAAAUAUAUUAUUAAUUCAGAAAUAAAGAACUAUGCUAGAAUAACUACUGUGAACUUCAAAUUCUUAUGAAAAAAAGGAUUUUGAAUAAAUUAGAUUUGAUGAAUCAGGGUAUAUUUGACGAUAUUACUGGUCAUUACUUUCUGGUAUCUGUAUCCUUCACACCAAAGCCAUAUAUUGAUGGUAGUGUGUGAGAAGGUACCUAAUAUGGUUCAACUUAAAGACGACAAUAUUACUGGCAAAUGAGUCUACUUCAUCAAUUGGAGAUUUUUAUUUACAAACAAAUAUACUAAUUUACAUAGUGGUUAUUUGUUGGUAAAUGUUACAGUGAAUUUAUGUAAAAGAACGUUAUACAAGGGUAUGUUGUCCUAAAUCAAAUUUAACUGAAUUUUUAUAUGACCGCACGCUUGAUCUCUUCCGUAACAAUACCAUUUUCAAAAAGCAAUAUCUCACGAAGUCACAUACACUUUUGAGAAUUGUAUCUGAUAAUUCUCUCGUAAUCAUUCUUAUUGCAAUCCUUCCACGAAACUGUUUGUAUUUAAACAUUUUUGUUUGUGGUCAAAUAACCCUCGAAAGAAACGGCUUGUUUAGCUUUAAUCGGAUCGUGUUAGUUAUUGUUGAGGAAAAUAGUCAGAUUGUUGAUGAUGGAAGUUAAUAUAUUCACUUAGUUAAUUAAGUGUUCUAAUUAGAUACUAUUUCGGAGCAUUAACUAUUGAACAGUCUAUAAUAUAUUAUAUCAGGUCACAACGUAAUUUCCUAUGCUUACUCUUCCGUACUCAUUACAUAUUAACUCCAUCUCAAGUUUAAGCCACAAGCGAAAUCGAUGAUUCUUUUAACUCAUAAAAGUAUUGUUGUUCAUAAGUUUGAAUGAUUCAACUCUAAGUCACACACUAAAAUCAACGACAAUGAAGUGUUGUUCGUAAUCACUUAAGUUCUUUAAUAUUUAAACACGAUUAAAGAGUUACCUCCUUCUAGAGUCUAAUCUUACAUUUAAUAAUACUAGGAAUAAAUAUCAAUGACUGUUCAUUCUUCACUUUGUUACUAAUCUAGCGUAAUCUGAAACUGAGUGCCUUUCAGAAGUAAAUACCAUUUAGCACUUAUCAGAUUAAUGAGUUUAUCAUUGACUUAACCAAACAGCUUGAAACUGUUUAUUAUAAAGCUGGCAUCAGAGCAACUUAUUUCCCCUAAUUUUCGGUGGAUUUAGUUCAGGUUUAUUUUCAGGUCUAACACAGCCUGACAUUAUGUGUCUAACCAAUAAAGUUCUUUUCGUUUUUUAUAGUGAUUUUUACUUGGAAUGAGAAUAUGUCUAAUAAUCCCAGAAUAAUUUAAUUGAUUGCAACCAUUUUAACAAAAUGAGACAAAUUUAAUUACCGAACAAAGGAAAGAAAGAUGAAAUUAUUUAGUUAUUCUCUUUCAAUUCAAACAAUCAAAAAUUUUAAAACAUAACAAUAUUCUGCAAUUAUUUUGAAGUAUCCGGAUGAAUAGUAGAAAGAAAGACAUCUGAUUCAUUAGUUUAUCAUUGAGCUGCACAUUAACGAGAGAGAUGUCAGGCUUCAUCGUAUGUAUAGAUCAAAGUUUCAUCUAAUACCUAGUAGGAAUACAUACAAACCGACUAGACGAUAAACUCCAGGAUUCACAUAUACAGUAAUAAGUUAACAACUUGUAAAUAUCAAUUAGCAUUUAAUGACAUAAAACCUUUGAAUAAUUUUCAAACAGAGAUGAAUUUUGUGUAUUUCAGGUGUCCUAUGAUCUUUAAGUUCUAUAUUCAUCAUAAAGUUACAUUUAAAAAGCUUGAAUAUCUACAUGCUUUAUGGAAUCUCUUCAUAUUCUUAUCAACAGAAUAUUCAUCGUCAUUUUAUCUAUUCUGCUAUUUUUAUGUGUAUUUACAUUACAGUUAACUGUCUUGUUAGGUUCUCUGUUGAUAGCUAGUCAAAAUGAAAUUAUUUAGACCAAAUAUAUGGCAUCAUUAAUAAUAUGAAAGUGAGUAAUAGAAAUGUCCAUAAUUUAAAAAACCUUAAUAGAAUAUGUCGAUGAAACUAUGACAAAACACAAUUGGCAAAUACAUUUCUUAUAUAAUUCUGAUAUAACGUUAGAUGGGGCCAUGAUUACAAGACAGCAGAUGUUCUGUAAUUUGCGUUCAAGUAUAUUCGAUUGUCCUCACUUUUGUUCUCGUUCACUACAACAGUAGUUAUACACGAUAAUAAUUUAAAUAUGAAAUAAUUUAUCGUCUCAUUUAUUGCGCGUUUCACCGUCCUUCUAACCUAUUAAUUAAGUAAAUGCAUAGUGAAAUUGUUUGACGAAUAUUGUACAAAUACAUCACACGUUUAAUUUAGAUCAAGUUAGUGUUUUCAUUUUACUUACAAGGCAAUUGUAAGAAAAAGGGAAGGAAUGCUUUCAGUGUAGUCUGAAUUCCAAAAAUCUUUCCAGUGAUUAUAAGUUUGUUAUGAAUAUGGUCGGUUAAAUUCGAUUACAAACUGUGAGUUCAUGGUAAGAUAGAAAUCCCUAAAUGACCAAUUAUUUGGUCGUUUACAGACCAGAUCACCAUACUAUGGAUCAUCGUUGAACAAUCAUUUGAAUGCAACUCCUCUCUACACAUUAGCUUCUUUGAUUAUGAGAAAGUAUUUAACAGUGUGGAUAAGAGAACAUUAUGGAAACUUCUUCAGCACUAUGUAGUGAGUAGCUGAGAAUAUUGUCAACAUCAUUCAGAAUUCAUACGACGGAGUACACUGAAACUAGUGCAUGGACUAAACCUGACAGAUGCAUUCCAAGUAAGGACCGGAGUCAGACAAGGCUACCUACUCUCCCCCUUCCUCUUUAUUCUGGUAUUUAGCUAGAUUAUGAAAACCUCGACAGCCAACGGGAAACACGCAAUACAAUGAACAGCUUGGGAGCAUCUUGAUGAUUCGCAGUUCACAGAUGCCUUGGCACUUCUAUCCCAUACACAUCAACAAAUGUAGAUGAAGACAGCCAGUGUAGCAGCAACCUCGGCAUCAGUAGGCUCCAACAUACACAAAGAAAAAUUAUGAUCCUCAAAUACAAACUCAGAACACCAACCAACACAAUCACACUUGAUGGUGAAACUCUGAAUGAUGUGGAAUCUCCCACGUACCUGGGUAGCAUCAUCGAUGAACGUGGAGGAUCUGAUGCAGACGUAAAGGCAAGGAAUAGCAAAGCACGGACAGCAUUCCUACAAUUGAGGAACAUAUAGAACUCAGAACGACUGUCAGCCAUCAUCAAAGUGAGCAUUUUAAUACGACUAUCAAGACAGUUCUACUGUAUGUAGAAGAAACUUGGAGAACUACCACGACCAUCAUCAAGUAGGUACAAGUAUUUAUAAACGGUUGUCUACACAAGAUACUCAAUGUUUGUUGACUGGAUACCAUCAACAUUAAACUACUAUGGGAAAGAACAGACCAG